AUGGCGGAUCUUGCAGUGAGCUUGGCCAAGUCGGUGGUGGAGGGGGCUGUGACCAAGGCCCUGGCGGCGAUCGAGGAGGAGGGAGCUCUGCGGCAGAGCACGCAGAACGACCUGGCGUUCAUCACCGGUGAGUUCCAGAUGAUGCAAUCAUUCCUCAAUGUCGCAGAUGAGGAACGCGUCAGGAACAGCGUGGUGAGGACCUGGGUCAGACAGGUCCGUGACCUCGCCUACAACGUGGAGGACUGCAUCGAGUAUGUGAUCCACCUUGACAAGGCGCCAGACUGGUAUUGCCGCUGCAUCCCACGCUUCAUCAGGCCGCAGCUGCCGCUGGACAAGGCGGUCGCUGAGAUAAAGCUGCUCAAGGGCAGGGUUGAGGAGGUGAGCCUUCGGAACAUGCGCUACAACCUCAUCAGCGAUUCAGGUUCCAAGCCCGUCACGCAGCAACAGUUGGUGCCUAGUGGUGCUUCUGUCGGUGCCACAACGUUUGCCAUGCUCAACAAAGCAAGAGAUACCACAAAGAUGCAGCGGGGAUUAGGAGAUCUGACCAAGCUGCUGAUCACCAAGAAACCUGGUGGAGAUCUUGGAGUGAUCUCGGUGUGGGCAGCAGGUGGCAAUGCUGCUGAUACCACACCCAUUAUCAGGGAGGCCUAUGGGGAACCAGAAAUAUGUGGAAGCUUCGGAUGCCGUGGCUGGGCAAAGCUGACGCAUCCUUUCAGUCCCCAUGAGUUCCAGCGGAGUUUGCUGAUUCAAUUCCACACCAAGCCUUGCAUACAAAAUGAGACCGACGAAUAUGUUAAUAUCCUCCAGAGAUUGGAGGCGGCCUCUGAAGGGGAACUUGUGCAUGACUUCAUGAAGAUAAUGAAACAGGAGAGGUACCUGGUUGUCCUGGAAAACAUCUCCAGCAUGGUAGAUUGGGACACCGGUCCUCAAGGGGACGACCGAUAUAGAAGCAAGAAAACCAAGUUGCAAGGUGGCUUAGGAGAUCUAACCAAGUUGUUGAUCACCAAGAAACCUGGCGGCGACCUUGGAGUGAUGUCACUGUGGGCAGCAGGUGGCAAUGCUGAUACCAUACCCGUCGUCAGGGAGGCCUAUGGGGAACCAGAAAUAUGUGAAAACUUCGUAUGCCGUGGGUGGGCAAAGCUGAUGCAUCCUUUUAAUCCCCUCGAGUUCCAGCGGAGUUUGCUGAUUCAAUUCCACAAAAACUCUUGCCUACAAAAGAAAUUGAGUGUAGACGUAGAUACGCUGAACAGAUUGGAGGCGUUGCCAGAAGACAAACUUAUUCAAGAGUUGAAGAAGAAAAUGAAGGGGAGGUACCUGGUUGUACUGGAAAACAUUUCCACUGUGGUAGACUGGAACACUGUUAGAGCUUACCUACCUGACCGGAAAAAUAACAGUUGGAUCAUCAUCUCUACGACUCAAUCUGAAAUCGCGAGGCUGUUUGUCGGAGAUCCAUGGCAAGCAUUGGAGCACAAGCAGUUCUCAGCCGAAUACUCGUUAUGUUUCUUGCGGGAGGAUCCUCAAGGCAACGACCGAGAUAAAAACAAGCAAAUCAUUAUGGUGAUCCCCAACCAUAAUGAGGCAUCAUCAUCAACGAAUGAAGUCAGACACAAGGGUGGCUACGCCUUGUAUGCCCGCAUCCCCACCUCGAAAAACAAUGCUGAUAUGUGGAUGGACCGAUUCCCCCUAGUUGGUGUACGCAAAUCACAAAUGGAAGAUCUUCGUGGCUAUAUAGCCAAUGCGCGUAUGAAGGGUUUUGCAGUGGUAUCCGUGUGGGGGAUAGCUGGUGUUGGGAAAUCAGCUCUAGUCAGGAACUUAUACUAUGACACAAUGCGCAGUGGGAACAGAAUGUUUACCAUGUACGGUUGGGUGGAUGUAUCGCAUCCAUUCAAUUUAGCAAACUUCGCUUGGAGCUUACUUUCAGAACUUCAGUCAGAUUCUCCUCAUCAAAAUGGAAUCACCAAUCCCAUUCAAGAGUGUCAUCAGCUUCUGGAGAAUCAUCGCUGCCUUGUCGUUAUAGAUGGUUUGGAAUCCACAGAAGAGUGGGAUCUAAUACGACAUUCCUUGGUAUCUACUCAUCCUAGAAGUACUAUCAUUGUGAUUACAACAGAAGCAAGCAUAGGCACUCACUGUUGUGCAAAUCGAGAAGAGGCUAUGUACAAUGUCAAAAGUCUAGAAGACGAUGAAGCACUUGUUCUCUUCAAAAAGGAGGUACGCAUAUUUCCAGAUCCGUCUGCUUUAGGGAACUCUGAAGGUCCAGAGCUGCGAAAACUUAUUUCAAAGUGUGGGGGACUUCCCAAACUAAUAGUUGCUGUAGCCGACUUUUUGGCACCCAUGUCAGUCAGCUGGAUGAACAGUGCGGUCAAUCUGAGUGACAGAUUUAUGCAUGAUAUGGAGACUAAACCAGAAUUUGAUAACUUGCGUGGACUAUUUGGUUGGAUGCAUUCCUACUUCCGUACUUGCCCAUAUUACCUCAAGCCAUGUAUCCUCUACCUGUCCAUUUUUCCGCAAGGCCAAAGCAUUCGCCGGAGGCGUCUAGUGAGGCGGUGGAUCGCAGAGGGCUACUCAAGGGGCACGUCCAGCCAGUCAGCUGAAGAGAAUGGGGAGAAAUUCUUCUUGAUGCUCCUUGAUCUGAGUAUCAUCCAGCAGGCACCACAUUCAGUCACCACUGCAGAUACAAGAAUGGUCUUGUGCAAGGUCAACGGCUUCUUCCGUGAGUACAUCAUAUCAAGGCAAAAGGAUGAGGAACUUGUCUUCGAACUGGAGGGUAGGUGCACAUUGACCAGUCAGCGCACAGGACGGCACCUGGUCAUAAAGGAUAGCUGGGACAGAGACAAGAUUGUGUUCAGUAGUAUUGACUUCUCAAGGCUGCGCUCCCUCACUGUGUUUGGAGAGUGGAAGCCCUUCUUCAUCAAUGAAACUAUGAGGGUGCUCCGGGUGCUUGAUCUCGAGAAUGCAACAGGUGUGACAUAUAAAUACCUCGGACAGAUGCUGAAGGUGCUUCCUCGCCUCAAGUUCCUCUCUCUUAGAGGAAGAAGAGAGAUCUGCUGUCUGCCAAGUUCAUUUGCUGGGCUGAGGCAGCUUGAAACUCUGGAUGUCAGGGGCACCUCCAUAGUCACUUUGCUGCCAUCCAUUACCAAGCUUACCAAGCUGCAGUACAUCCGUGCUGGCACAGCUAAGGAAGCAUCAGUACCAUGUUCUCAUUUGUCUUGGUUGCCUAGCUGCUGCAGAGGUCCUGUAGGUGGUGUUCAGGUGCCUGCAGGGAUUGAGAAACUUACAGCCUUGCACACUCUUGGUGCUGUCAACAUUGGUUUUUCAGGGGGCAAGGCCAUCCUGAAAGAGCUCAAGAAGCUCACCCAAUUGCACAAGCUCGAAGUGACUGGCGUCAACAAGAAAAACAGCAAUGAGUUCUGUUCUGCCAUCUCAGACCAUGUUCAUUUGGAAUCCUUGUCAGUGUGGCUCAGCAUGGGCAAUAAUGAACAUUUUUCGGAGGACAUGUUCCCGACUCAGGCUCAGGCGAAGCCUCUCGAGAAACUUCAGAGCCUUAAGCUAUAUGGUCCCAUAAGAUCAGUGCCGGCAUGGAUCAAAGAUCUUCCCAAACUCACAAAGUUGGAAUUGGAACUGGAGGUAACCAUGUCUGUACAAGUUGAAGUAAAUAAUGUCCUCGGAGUCCUGGGGGAAAUUAAAGAACUGCGUAUCCUGCGUCUCUGUGCCAAACCGCUUCAAGAUGGUGACGGUAAUCUUGAUUUUCGUGUCUUGGUGGAUGGCGUGCAUGAUCGCUGUUAUCGAAAGGUUAAGAUCCUCGAGAUUUCUUGCAGCUCCAAUUUAACUGUCACCUUCGGAUCACAUGCAAUGGAAAAUCUUGAGCUUCUGAUAGGUACAUGCAGUGUUGGGUCAGCGUUGAAAUUCGCUGAGCUAAAGACUCUCUCUGUAGGAAAACUCAAGGAGGUGAGGUAUUUGGGUUCCCUUGACAACACACAUAAGGCAGGCAUGGAGAAUCAACUCAACAAGCAUCGUAUGAAACCUGUUUUGAUCCAUGUCCAUCCUGAUGGACACUGA